AGGUUAGAGAUUAUGCUCAACCCAUUUUCGAUGCAAUUUCCUUGUCAAAUAAAUAAAUAAAUAAAUAAAAAUAAAAUUGUUCCAAAAAGUUCUCUCUCUAAAAAAUGGGUUCAGGGAGUAGUCAUCUGGGUUCUGCACCGGCGCUGCCAACUACAAGGCGUAGCAAAGUCAACCGUACAAAACAAAGGCUCGCUUCUCUCAUUUGUGGCGCUUCUUCAACUUCUCAUUCUUCAUCUUCUUCAACUUCUCAGAAGGCUAAUAAGUCCUCAAUCCCUACAAAUGAUUACGUUCCUGCUUCUAGCUUGGGAACUGAGUUUAGCAGCUAUUCCAGUCCUGGAUCUGCACCAGUAGCCUCAUCAGAGAGUAGUACUAUAAGUAGUGACUGUGCCUCUAUUCAUGACGAUUCUCGUGUAGAAUCAUCCAGUAACAGGAAGUGCUUUUCAGAAGAUAAUGAAGUGGUUCACCCUCGUGAGAUCAAUGCUGAAAGCAAAUGCCACCAGCAUAGACUGGUUGAUUCUGUUAAUCCAUCUUCUGCAGGGCACUUACGGCACAUAAGCCUUAGUUCCAACAGACGUGCAACUGGUGAGAUUGAUGAUUUAAUCAAUGAUAUGCCUCAGACUAAUGGGGUCUUAUCUCCUAGUGGGUUGCAGGACGAGGAACUGGAACAUCCCACCGUUUUUGAAGAAGUUAGCGAGGUUAUUGGACACCAAAGUUCUGAUUCUGGUCCAGUCCCAGUAGUUUCAGACCCUGGCAUAGAAUCUCAAUCACGUGGUGAUGAACCCAUUCAAGAGGUGAUACCUUCAGGAUUAGAGCUCUUUGUGUCAGAUAGGGUUGAAUCCCGGCCAGAAGGAAGUUUACUUCAUGUUGAUGUGGUGAGUAUCUCCUCAUCCAAUCUUUUGCCCAACAUCAAUAAUGAAAUAAGUACCCGUGAAGCAAGACGAAACAGUAGGAGAAUGUUUUGGGAUGCUUUUUCAAGUCGUGGUUCAAGAAGAAAUGCUGAUUUUCCAGCCAUACUUUUCACAACUGAAGAUUCUGAUCUUACGGGAUCACAUCGCAGAUGGCUUCUUGAUAUUGGUGAUGACUUUUUUGAUGAUGGGGUGGGUGCUGAGACUUGGCGCUUUGGCCGGAGAAGUCGCUUUACAAAUGAUCGUCGUCGAAACUCUAGAUCUGAGUUCUGGGAUAGAUUGCGAGGUUCUGCUACAGAGAGUAGUCAUCGUACAUUUUGUCCGCUUGAUUUACAUUCUGAUGGUUCAUGCACAUGUGAGCUGGAUGAAGAGACUAAUGCACUUUCAAGUAUAUCUCGAAUUAUCUUGCUUGCAGAAGCCUUAUUUGAGGUUCUGGAUGAAAUUCAUCGGCAGCCAGAGUCGUUUUCACUGUCUAUGCUUUCAGCCCCUGCUCCUGAGGCAGUUGUAGACUCACUUCCUCUUAAAACAUAUGAAAAACCUAGCACAACUGAAUCUGGAGAAGAUGUAGAUCAGUGCUAUAUUUGUUUGGUGGAGUAUGAGAAAGGUGAUAAAAUACGAGUUCUUCCUUGUCACCAUGCAUAUCACAUGCCAUGUGUUGAUAAGUGGCUGAAAGAGAUUCAUGGGAUAUGUCCUCUCUGUCGUGGAGAUGUUCGAGGAGGGGCUGCAUCCACCUCAGAUGCUGAUCUUUCGGAGAUCCUUGUAUAAAGAAGCCGCUUAGUUACUUGAAGCUGUUACAGACAAGAAAGAUACUUUAUACGAAUUUUAUGUUAGCCCAUCAACGUAUUUAUCAUCACUCACAUUUUCAUGUAAAUAUAAGUCACAGUUGUUGCAGGUUCUCAACACAAAACUUUACCUUCUGUUUUCAAUAAUAAUGUUGGUUCAAAGUGAAGUCAUGUAUACAAACUUCUUCAUUUUGUAGUCAUGUAAUUAAUGAGUCAUCAACAGCCAGAAGGUUCCUCAUUUUCACUGCUGUUUUUGUGCAUUAUUUUUGUCAUGCCUUUCAUGUAAAUGUAAAAUCCAUUCAUUCUUGUAAAUGUACUUUCUUCUCUAUUUUGAGCAUCCCUUU